ACGGUUCUGACAACCUUUCUGCACGAUUCUUUGUCAGAGUGUGCGUAGCUGCGGUGCGGUUCAUACUUUCAAAGUCAUUUAAAUAAAUGGAGUCAUCAAGUUUUAAAAUCGCGCCGUUACACUGUCCGUCAAGUCUCGUGCUCGUAGUUGUGUGUUUCUAAAUGCUAAAUGGUGCUGUUCCAUGGUUUGAAAUGGAAACAUUUUCUGUUACAAAUAAACCGGUUUCGCUUUAAUUUCAGUUUAUAAUUGUGUCAGAAUUAUUUUUGGUCCAUCAUUAGCACCAGUCGUUUACCGAAGUAGCGGCGGUAGCGGCGGCUGCGGCGUCGGCGGCGACGGUAGCUGAACGCUACGAAUCGGACAAAAGGCAAGCACGAGAGAGGUUUCUGGUUGAUUCAUAUGUUGAAGAAGAAAAGCGGUGCGAAACGCCGACCAUGGGCUCCAUGUUCCGUAGUGAAGAGAUGGCCCUUUGCCAGCUGUUCAUUCAACCCGAAGCUGCGUAUUCGGCUGUAGCAGCGAUGGGAGAAGCGGGCGUGGUUCAGUUUAGAGAUUUGAAUUCAGACGUAAAUGCAUUCCAAAGGAAAUUUGUCAGCGAAGUUCGAAGAUGCGACGAACUCGAAAGGAAGCUGCGAUACAUCGAGGCUGAAGUCAACAAAGAUAAAGUACCGAUACCCGAAAGCACAGUCGCUCCGAAUGCUCCAAAUCCUCGAGAAAUUAUAGAUUUAGAAACACAACUAGAAAGAACCGAAAGUGAGAUUUUAGAAUUAAGCCACAAUGCAGUAAAUUUAAAAUCCAAUUAUUUAGAGCUUACAGAAUUGAGACAUGUUUUGGAAAAAACGCACUCGUUUUUCGAAGAACAAGAUUCCACGACGCCGUCAUCCACUGGCAACGACUCAAUUACAAAAGCUCUCAUCAGCGAAGACAGUCAACAAGUGAUUAGAGGACGAUUGGGCUUCGUAGCCGGCGUUGUACCUAGAGAGAGAGUGCCUGGUUUUGAACGAAUGCUGUGGAGGAUAAGUAGAGGAAAUGUAUUCUUGAGACGAGCCGAAUUAGCGGAGCCUUUGGAAGAUCCUGCGACAGGAAAUGCAAUAUACAAAACCGUGUUCGUAGCAUUUUUCCAAGGAGAACAGUUGAAGUCUAGGGUGAAAAAAGUCUGCUCUGGAUAUCACGCUUCGUUUUACAACUGCCCCAGUUCGUACGCAGAAAGACAAGAUCUAUUGAAAGGGGUCAAGACCAGAAUCGAAGAUCUAAAUUUGGUUUUAAACCAAACGCACGAUCACAGGCAACGUGUGCUGACCACGGUUGCAAAAAAACUACACAACUGGAGUGUGAUGGUUCGUAAGAUGAAGGCUAUUUACCACACGUUAAAUCUAUUCAAUAUGGACGUAACGAAAAAAUGCCUCAUCGGAGAAUGUUGGGUGCCAUUGAACGAUUUGCCUUUUAUAAGACAAACUUUAGCUGAUGGUGGCAAAGCUGUCGGUAGUUCGAUUCCAUCAUUUUUAAACGUAAUCGAAACGAAUGAAAAUCCACCAACGUUCAAUCGAACCAAUAAAUUUACCCAAGGCUUCCAAAAUUUAAUAGACUCUUACGGUAUCGCUUCGUAUCGCGAAGUAAAUCCGGCUUUAUAUUCUAUUAUAACAUUCCCUUUCUUAUUUGGUAUCAUGUUCGGUGAUGCUGGUCACGGUUUGAUUUUAACCUUAUUCGGCGGUUUCAUGGUUCUAAGAGAGCAACAGCUUACCAAAAAGAAAAUUAAUAGUGAGGUUUGGAAUAUAUUUUUUAGCGGUCGUUACAUCAUAUUGUUAAUGGGAUUCUUUUCAAUUUAUACUGGUAUCAUAUACAACGAUGUGUUCUCAAAAUCAUUCAACGCGUUCGGCUCCAGCUGGAUAGUCAGAAUCAACUCUACUCUCAACGAAACAGAUAUUGAAGGCAAUAAAGAACUGACAUUGGAUCCUAAAACUACCCAAUUUUCUCAAAUACCUUAUCCUAUCGGAUUGGAUCCAGUAUGGCAAAUUGCGAAAAACAAAAUCAUUUUUUUGAAUUCGUUCAAAAUGAAAUUGUCGAUCAUUUUUGGCGUAGUUCAUAUGAUGUUUGGAGUUACCCUUAGUGUUGUAAACCAUUUACAUUUUAAAAAAAACAUCAACGUGUUUGUACAGUUUAUUCCUCAACUGUUGUUUCUGGUGUUAUUAUUUUUUUACAUGGCCGCGUUGAUGUUUAUGAAAUGGAUAUUAUACGGACCAACAAAUCCCCUGGGAACUAGUCCAUCGUGUGCUCCGUCCGUUCUGAUAACCUUCAUCAAUAUGAUGUUGCAUAAAAAGAAUACCGAUGUGCCGACAGGUUGUUCGCAAUACAUGUUUGAACAUCAAGAAGAACUUCAAACGACAUUCUUGAUAGUCGCGUUGUGCUGUAUUCCGGUAAUGCUGGCCGGUAAACCGAUAUACAUGAUAUUGGCGAAAAAGCGAAAGAAAAGAAGGCAAUAUUCGAUAAAUAAUGGGGAUUUGCAUCAGGGGAUCGAAAUGCAGGGAGGUGAACCUCCUGCCGGACUAGACGAAGAUCUAGCCCUGCAGUAUCAUCACGAACCCGAACACCACGAAGAAGAAGACGAGAUGGGUGAAAUUUUAAUUCAUCAAGCCAUCGAAACCAUCGAAUACGUGCUAAGCACCGUUUCUCACACUGCCUCUUACCUUCGACUGUGGGCGUUAUCUUUAGCUCAUGCUCAGCUUUCCGAAGUCCUUUGGAAUCAAGUGUUGAAACAGGGAUUAGUUGUUGAAUCUUACAAGUUCGGAGGCGUUGCUAUUUAUAUGGCCUUUGGUGCAUGGUCAUUUUUCACUAUAGCCAUACUUGUCAUGAUGGAAGGCCUGUCAGCGUUUCUGCAUACCUUACGUUUGCAUUGGGUCGAGUUCAUGAGCAAAUUUUACAUGGGAGAAGGAUAUCCAUUCCAACCAUUUUCUUUCAAAAAUAUUUUAGAAAGUGAAGAACCAGUAGAAGAAUAAAGAAAUUUUUAAAUUAUUUUUAAUUAUUGCAUAUAUUUUUUUUUUGUAAUACGCUAUUUUUUUGUACAUGUAUAAGCAGUUGAUAAAUUUUAUACUUAUUCAUUCAAUUUUUUUUCUUCAAAUUUUAUUCAACUACCUAUACCUUAUAUCGAGCUUAUUUUAUUACCAUUUUAAUUUUUUUAAGAACAGGGACACAAUAUAAUCAUAUUUCUAUGUUUUACAAACUCAGAAUAAGUUGUUGAAUUUUUUCAUGCGUGAUUGUUUCUUGUACAAUUUAUUGUUGAUUUUUGUCUUUUUUCUUUUAUUAUUAUUAUUAUUUUUUUUCAUUGAUGUUGAUUGCCCAAAAGUCAAUUAAAAAUAUUUCAAGUCUG